AUGUCAAAUACAACAGACGCAUCAGAUUCCACAUCAACAGAUCCACCGAAAUACGACCAUGGUGAUAUUGCAUAUACAUUAGUUAGUACCGCACUCGUAUGGCUUAUGAUACCAGGUGUCGGUUAUUUUUAUAGUGGAAUGGCACGUAGCAAAAAUGCAUUAUCACUUAUUAUGUUGAGUGUUUUGUCGGUUGCUGUUGUUUCAUUUCAGUGGUGGAUUUGGGGUUAUAGUUUAACUUUCAGUAAAGGAGGUAGUAGAUUCAUUGGCAAUUUGGAGAAUGCUUUCUUCAAUAAGGUUGGAGAUCAGCCAUCAGUCGGUAGUACUACAAUUCCAGAUCUUGUAUUCGCUGUCUAUCAAUGUAUGUUCGCCGCUAUCACACCAGCUUUGGCGAUCGGUUCAGCAGCAGAACGUGGCAGACUUUUGCCGGCAAUUAUAUUUAUCUUUAUUUGGUCAACUGUCGUUUAUGAUCCAAUCGCAUGUUGGACUUGGUCCGCAGAAGGAUGGUCUUUUAAGAUGGGUGGUCUUGACUUUGCUGGCGGUACGCCUGUCCAUAUUUCAUCUGGUUUCGCUGCACUCGCCUAUUGUCUCGUUGUCGGAAAACCAUUAGCUGGAAGUCUUCACGCUGCUAUGGCCUGUGUUGUUACAAAUUUGUCAGCUGCGGUUGGUGGUCUAACUUGGAUGUUGUUAGAUUAUCGACUUGAACGUAAAUUAUCUGCACUCGGCUUCUGUUCAGGUGCAGUUGCUGGUUUAGUCGCGAUCACUCCUGGCUCUGGUUUCGUCGGUCCUUCAUCUGCAGUUUUAUUCGGUUUUCUUGGCGGGCUUGCGUGUAAUUUGGCCGUAAAAGUCAAGCAUUGGUUAGAUUUCGAUGAUGCCCUUGAUGUGUUUGCGGUUCACGGUAUUGGUGGUGUUGUCGGAAAUUUAUUAACAGGUAUCUUUGCACAAACUAAAUACGCCACUCUUGAUGGUCCCGAUCCUCGUCACCCCGAUGGUUUUGGUGGAUUGGAUGGCAAUUGGAUUCAGUUAGCAUAUCAACUCGCCGAUUCAGCAGCUGGAGCAAGUUAUUCUUUUGGUGUUACCAUUAUAAUAUUAUUUGUCAUGGAUAAAAUUCCAUACUGUUCUCUUCGCUCUGAUCAUGAAGCCGAAAUAAUAGGAUUGGAUGAAGCUGAAUUGGGUGAAUUGGCUUAUUAUCACGUGGAUAGAUUAAUCACUGUUAACACGAGAACAGGGGAAACGAAGACCGUCAAGGAAGAAACUGUUCAUCAAGGAAAUGACACAAAUGUCUCAAUUAUGUAA